AUGAAAAUGAAGAUCAACAAGGCCUGCGAUCUCAACUCAAUUUCCGUCUUUCCUCCUCUUCUCAUAUAUUCAAGGAGACCAAACACUGUAUCAAGUGGAAUGCAAGCGUCACAGCAUCGCUCGCAACAAUCUCAGCAGUCAUUUUCUCAGGGGCUUUCAUCUCAGCAUGGAAUGUUGUCUCAUUUCUCUCAAAACUCCCUUGAUGAGGUUGUCACAACAAAUGAUCAGAGAGUUGGUUCUCAAGAACAUGAGAACUCUUGGAGGAGGAUUUCUAGCUUGCCCCGACUUACAUAUUCACGGGAAGAGAGUCAACCACCUAACUCAAGAUCGUCAUCCAAUCUCAUGCUCAAAUGGAAUUCUGCAGAUCAUAAAAGUCAGUUAAGUGAAGGACUUGAACAAAAAAUUGGCAUAAUGGAAACUUCAUUGAGCAGGUUUGCAAUGAUCUUGGAUUCUGUUCAAAAUGACGUAAUGCAAGUAAACAAAGGAACAAAGGAAGUUAUUUUAGAGUUGGAAUGCAUAAGGCAGAAGUUAAUUGCUCAGGAUAACUCACUUCAGUUAAUGGCUAAAGGACAAGAAGAAAUUAGAGCAAGCUUUGAUGGGAGCUUGAAAUAUUUAUCUGAACAAAUGAAUCAGGUUACAAACCAAGAGAAGUUGCAGGAAGUGUUUUUGGUGGUUUCAGCCUUGCCUCAGCUAAUGGAAGCCUCUCUGCAGAGUGUGCGAAAUGAUCUCCACAGUACUACUAAGGAAAUGCAGGAAAUCUCUUGCAGUUUAAAAAGCCUCAAUCAAAAGGAUCUCGGUCAGUCUAUUCUAUCUUCAAAGAGUAUUAGCAAACAAGUUACCACACCAAAAAUGCGUCAGCCUCUUGCCAACAUUUACUAUGACCAAGGUCACAGGUAUUUUCUUGACUUCAGGGAAACGAAGAUGAGCGCACAAACGACUGUAGCUCCAAAGGUAGAAAUGGGAGGCUGGAAGCCAGUAAAAAAAGAGAGAGUCACUUUUUCAGAUAGAAAAUCUGAGGUGCACAAGCAAAAAGAACCAUACACUGACAAGUAUGCAAGAGGAGGAAGAGAGUGUACAAUUUUUAUUGAAUCUGAUGAGGAGACUGAUGGAGGUUUUUCCUGCUUGGUCGAUGGAAACGCAGACCUAUUCGGAAAUUUGACCAAGGAGGAAGAGGAAGAAACCGCUCGGAUUUUGCGGAAAGCAAGGAGGCGCAAGAGAAACUAUUGUAAUGCUAUAACCAUCAAUUGAAGGUUGUGCAGGUGCAAUUUGAUGCUUUCAGAUGCAGCAGUACCCAAGAAAAAAACAAGGACCCAUAAAAAUUUGUCUCGAGUUUCUUUAUUGGAUUUGUUCAGUCGUUUCAGUUUUGUCUAGGGC